AAGCGCCCUCCUCCUGCUCACAGAUUCGCAUCUGCGGCGGUACGAGGAGGCAUCCGCUGGUGACACCAUGGCAGGAAGCUCCCCACUCAGGCUACUCCUCGCAGUGGCUUUCUGUCUCUCCCAGACAGGGGCCAACACAGGACUCGAGGACUCCAAUUCAUCAGUAACACUUCCAAACUGGAAACCAAAUGCAGAAUACAUUAUGAAGUGUGACUUCAAUAAUGGCCAGACUCCAUUUUGUGGGUGGACUCACUUAGGGUGGAUUGCAACGCCACAAGGAGCAGAGGGAUCUUAUCUCCUUCGUGAGAAUGGCCUUUUGAACCCUUUUGGAUUGUCCCGCUUAGAGAGUGAACUCCUUAACCUCUCCGGCGUGGGUUGCCUGGAGUUCUGGUACCGUGCGUCCGGCUUGAAUGGAACUGAUCUCCGAGUUCUGAUAAAGAACGAUGUGGCAGAGACUGAGAUCUGGACUUCACAGGCCACUGCUGAUAGAUCCUGGCAGCAAGUGUUCAUCCCUCUGUCCGACAUUAAUGGCAUCCAGGUGGUUUUUGAGGCAGACGUGGGACUACCUGAAGAUGGAGAAGUAACCAUUGACAAUGUGGGAGUUCGCAAAGGACCGUGUGGUGAACAGUGCACUCAGGGUGAGUUCUGGGCUGAUGACGCAUGCACAACCCAGUGCGCGUGCGCCGGACCAGAAGGUCAGCUGACCUGCUCCCCAGCCUCCUGCCCAGAAAACCAAACCUGCAUGAGAAGCAGUGGUGCGCCAGCCUGUCUCCCCAACACCUCUGGCACCUGCAGUCUCCACGGCGACCCGCACGUCACCACCUUUGAUGGGGCCAGCCACCCCUUUGUGAGCCCCUGCAACUACGUCCUGGCCAAAGUGUGCACCGAUUCGGCUCCCGUUCCCUUCUUCCGGGUGGAGGUCCGCAAUGAGCAGCGGGGUGACUCCUCCCCCUCCAUCCAGCAGGUCACCGUGGACCUCCAGGGCCUCACAGUGGCCCUACUAAAGAGGGAGGCCAGUAAAGUUAUGAUAAAUGGACUUUGGAGAACCCUUCCACUGAGUCUGAACAACGGUGCAGUCAAGAUCAGCAGUGCUGGGGUAACUGUCAUCCUGGAGACGGACUUCCAGCUGACGGUGUUGUACGACGCUGUCAGUGGCGUGCAGGUGAAGGUCCCGGCCCUCUAUGCGGACCAAGUGUGCGGUCUGUGCGGGAACUUCAACCUCCUGUCAGAGGACGACUACGCCAAGCCGGACGGCUCAAACGCAGCGAACGCCACUGAGCUGGCGCGGAGCUGGCAGAGCGGGGGCGAAGCCUGCGAGGCCAUCGUCCACCCGCACCGCUGCCCCCUCGCGGAGGAGGCCAAGUACGAGAGCGAGUCCAACUGCGGCGUCAUCGUGUCCAAAGAGAGCCCCUUCGCCGGCUGCUCCUCCAUCAUCGCCGCCGAGGCCUUCUUCAGGAGCUGCGUCUUUGAGAUGUGCGCCGCCGGCGGUGACCCUCAGGCCCUGUGUGAAGUGCUCCAGACGUUCGCCGAGGCGUGCCAGGCCGCUGGCAUCGCGCUGCCACCCUGGAGGAACUCCACGGUCUGCCCCCUAGUGUGCCAGGCAAACAGCCAUUACAACGAGUGCGCCAGCGGCUGCCCCGCCACGUGUUCGGACCAGGACACCGCCGUGAGCUGCGGGGUCUGCGAGGAGAGGUGCGACUGCGACCCCGGCUUCCUGCUCAGCGGCGGCAGGUGCGUCCCAGCGGAAGACUGCGGCUGCUGGAUCGACGGACAGCAUGUAGAGAAAGGAGUGGCAGUGAUGCAGGGCGAUUGUGAAGCGCAGUGUCAGUGCAUGGGGCAGGGCAGGGUCCAGUGCUCCCCGGUGUCCUGUGGCCAGGACGAGGUCUGCAGGGUCCGAGACGGCGUGGUCGGCUGCUUCACCACCAGAGUCGGCACCUGCCAUGUAUUCGGCGACCCCCACUAUCUUACCUACGAUGGCAAGCUCUACAACUUCCAGAGAGCUUGCAACUACACGCUGGCCAAGACGUGCGGCCACAGCCCCGUCCAGUUCACAGUGACCGGCAGGAACGAGAACCGCGGAAACCUGACCUGGUCGGCCCUGAAUUCCAUUGCUCUGGAAGUGCAGGGGCUUCACCUGGCCCUGAGGAAAGACAAGGAGGUUUAUGUGAACGGAGCUGUGACGCAGCUCCCUGCGGAACCAAUGAGAGGAGUCAAGGUGUUCCUGAUGGGACCGUACAUCCAGGUGGACACAGACUUUGGCCUGCAACUCCUGUUUGACGGUGACCAGAGGCUGUUUGUGCGGAUCGACGAGAGGUACUGGGGGCAGAUGUGCGGACUCUGCGGCACCUACUCCGACAGCCAGUUCGAUGACUUCCUUACGCCGGAUGGUGUGACCGUUAGCACCGCGGACGAGUUUGGAAACAGCUGGAGAGUCAAGGAUGACGAGUGGCAGUGCGCAGACAGCAUCCCAGCACCAGCUCCAUGUGACCCCCAGUUGGAGAAUGAGGGUUACCAGGAGUGCAGCGUGCUCUUUGGAGACAUAUUCAAGGCCUGUCACGAGUUUGUGCCCGUGCAGCUGUACGUGAACAGCUGCAUGUACGACCACUGUGCCACGCAGGCGAACGCCCGCCAGCUCUGCACCUCCCUCGAGUCCUACGUCGCAGCCUGCGAGCUGGCCGGGGUAGACCUCGGUGACUGGAGGGAGAGCACCAUCUGUGCCAAUUUCAAACCCACUCCAACAGACAUUUCAACUACAACUCCCUCUCGUGGAGUUUGUCCAUUGGACUGCGACUUUGACAGCAGCGAAUGUGGAUGGAAGCAGACCAUAACGGACAGUUUUGAUUGGCUGAGAAGGCAAGGACCCACCCCCACAGAGCAAACUGGGCCGCCCCACGAUCACACCACAGGAAGUGGCUCUUACAUGUAUAUUGAGGGCGACAGCGUGUUCCACGGUGACUCCGCCCGCAUGCUCAGCCCUCGGUGCCAGCUGUCCGGGCCUCAUUGCCUCCAGUUCUGGUACCACAUGCACGGCUCGGCGAGCGCCAUGGCUUUCAACAUGUACCUGCUGGAGGGUACAAACGCCACCAAGAUCUGGUCAAAGGCCAAUGACCAGGGCAAUGCCUGGAACAAUGCACAGCUGGAUAUAACUGUUUCUGGAGCCUUCCAUCUCAUCAUUGAGGGAAUACGGGGCUCAAGCCCACAAUCGGAUGUGGCCUUUGAUGAUCUGUCCAUCCAUUAUGGAGUGUGCUCAGAUAUACCAGCUGUGGGACUGAUCAGCACAGUCGCCUCCAGCACGAGUCCAGCAUCACCUUCAGAGGAUGGCGGAGCAGGCAUGCCACACCCAGUCUGCAGGCUUGAUUGCAACUUUGAUAGUGACCUCUGUACGUGGAACCAGCUGCUAACGGACAGUUUUGAUUGGACGAGACAAAGCGGCCCCACACCGACUUCAAUGACCGGACCGUCCUUCGACCACACAACUGGAGCCGGGCACUACCUGUACAUCGAGGCCGACGGCGUGUCCAACGGGGACACGGCCCGCCUUCUCAGCGCCCAGUGCUCCGACCCGAGGCCGCAGUGCCUGCAGUUCUGGUACCACAUGUACGGGACGGCCGACACCAUGGGCCUGACCGUGUACCUGCUGGAGGGCGGCGUCACACAGCGGCUCUGGUCCCGCCGGAACGACCGCGGGGACGCCUGGCACCAGGCGCAGGUGGACAUAAGCGCUUCCGGAGCCUUCCGCAUCUUUUUUGAAGGCCGGAGAGGGACUACCACUCUCUCAGAUGUGGCGCUGGAUGAUGUCACUCUUAACCGGGGAACGUGCGCGGAUUUAAUUAUGGCCAAUACUCCUCAGCCACCAAUGCAGACCACUACACCUCAGGCACCAGUACAGGCAUACACAGGCACAUACAGAGCACUACACCUCAGGACACACAGUCAGGCACAUACAAUACCUCAGGCACCAGUACAGACUACUACAACUCAGGCACCAGUACAGAGCACUACACCUCAGGCACCAGUACAGAGCACUACACCUCAGGCACCAGUACAGAGCACUACAACUCAGGCACCAGUACAGACCACUACACCUCAGGCACCAGUACAGACUACUACAACUCAGGCACCAGUACAGACCACUACAACUCAGGCACCAGUACAGACCACUACAACUCAGCCAAUCGCACAGACCACUACAACUCAGCCAACAGUACAGACCACUAUGACUCAACCACCAGUACAGACCUCUACAACUCAGCCAAUUGCUCAGACCACUACAACUCAGCCACCAGUACAGACUACUACAACACAGGCACCAGUACAGACCACUACAACUCAGGCACCAGUACAGACCCCUACAACUCAGCCAAUUGCUCAGACCACUACAACUCAGCCACCAGUACAGACUACUACAACACAGGCACCAGUACAGACCACUACAACUCAGGCACCAGUACAGACCACUACAACUCAGCCAUCAGUACAGACCACUCAAACUUUGCCACCAGUACAGACCACUACAACUCAGGCACCAGUACAGAUCACUACAAUUCUGCCACCAGCACAGACCACUACAACUCAGGCCCCAGCACAGACCACUACAAUUCAGCCACCAGUACAGACUACUGCAACUCAGCCACCAGUGCAGACUACUACAACUCCUCAGCCACCAGUAGAGACAACAUCACCAGUUCCCGCCUGUCCUGCGAACAGUCAUCACACAGACUGCAAGCCCAGGUGCGAGCCGACCUGCGAUGACCUCCACGCCGCCCGCUGCAUCAUCAACCGCCCGUGCCAACCAGGCUGCGCGUGCGAUGACGGCUUUGUGCUCAAAUGGGGCAAGUGCGUCCCCGUCCAGACCUGCGGCUGUCGGGAUGACGACGGCCAACUCCAUAAAUUUGGUGAAUAUUGGACGGGCAGCCACUGCACAAAAAGGUGCACGUGUAAGAGAGAACACGGAAAAGGGGAAAUAAACUGCAAGGACUAUGAAUGUGGUGCCCAUGAGGUCUGUCACCUCGGUGAUGAAGGGGAGUUCAAGUGCAAGAUUUCAGUUUUCAGUGAAUGCUCGAUUGAUGAUGACCCAGAGUAUCAUACAUUUGAUAAUAUGAAGCAUGAAUUUGAAGGAAAGAGCUCAUAUAUCCUUGUCCGAACAACAAACAUGCCACAGAAUCUUCCAGAAGUCUAUGUUGAAGGCAUUAAUAAGAAAGUUGAUGAUGAUGACGACGAUGAUGAUGAUAGUGAUAAUGACAGUCGCAUGGCCAGAGAUGACAGCGAUGAGGACAGCGAUGAGGAUGACUACACUGGUCGACUAAGACGGCUGAAGAUUAGAGUUUACAACCACACCAUAGAGUUCAAGGAAAAUAGAGUGGUUGUGCUGGAUGGCGAGAGAGUUCGCGCCCCUAUUUCCCCAUUCCUAGGACUGAAGAUUCUGGAGCGUUCCUCCCGUAUUUACCUGAAGACUGACUUCGGCCUCUCUGUGGAAUUUAAUGGCGAUAGCAAAGCAGAAAUCAUCCUUCCCACCUCCUAUAAGAAGAGGGUCGGGGGGCUGUGUGGAAACUUUGAUGGCAGGAAGAGAAAUGACCUCAUGAAGUCAGAUGGCAGCCAAGCCAAGAAUGUCAAAGACUUUGGAGACAGCUGGAGGGUGACGUCGGACACGCGGACAAUCAGAUAGACGUUCCGUGCCUGUUGUGCAGGAAUGCGGGGAACAAGAUACAACAUAAACACCUUCUGAUUAGUUUGUCGGAAAUCCUUAGCCAGGGAAGCACACACACACAGUCAUUUAGCAGAUGCUUAUAUCCCUAGUGACUUUCACUUCAUGUACCAGCCCAAGGACAGAAAAACAGUGCUACACCCAGGAUUCAAAUUGCUGACUGUGGUUACCAUUUUUCUUCCUGAACAACAAUACCAGCUGGCCAUCAUAGCAAGUCUUGAAGAUUUGCUUCACUGUCUGGUUCUGGGGAAGUAGCAAUUGCAUAGUCCUGGAGCAAACAUGGAAAUCAUCCUCAAAGUAGAGUGCAUCUAGGUCAUAAGUCUACACAGACUGGGGUUCUGAAAUGCUUUUAAAAAAUAUAUUUUAAAAACAGGCUCCUGAAGAGCAUUCUAUUAAUUUCUACUCAGAUCUUGUGAAGCCACUGUUGAUAUGUUGAUAUCUGUUGAUAUGCCAGUGUACAAACAGAGCAUACAGAUUUUUGACAAUCCGUUAGUCCCUAUCACAUUAUUCCAAUGAACAAAUCUGCAUCUUCUCAAAAAUAAGGCACAGUUUUAUUUCUUAGUUCAUUUCAGACAUGUUCAAUGUUUAUAUCAGGCACAUGAUCAAAUGUAUUUUAUCAAGGAAAUUGAUAACUACACUGGACAUUCUGUUUUGUUUUGUUUUGUUUUGUUGUGCAAAGUAAUAUAUAGAUUAUAUGUAUGUUUGUUUCUGGUAGGCUAUAUGUCCUGAAAUAUUUAUCUAAAAAAUAGCACAUUUAUUUUGAAUGUUCACAAAUAAACUAUAAUGUGUCACCUUGA